CCUGGUGAUCCUGGACAGACCCCAGCUCUAGUGAUGCGGGUUACCUUCCUGCUUCUGGGACUGCAUCUGGGCCUCAGACAUUCUCCCCUCGGCUUGAAACUGGUUUUAAACUGGGAUGUGGAAGCCCAGGGAACACAGCCAGUGGUGACUGAGGCCAUGUCUGGGUAGAGCUGGGCCCUGGACCACAAUGCUGCUGCUGCCCUGACGAGCUGAGCUGCGUUGGCUCUGCUGAUGUGCCCGCACCAGGUUAUCAGUUUGUGCUUAAAUGGCACAGCAGCUGGUGGGCGCAUCUGAAAAGGAAGGUGUGAGCAGCGAAGCCCAUGGCCACUUACCCCUGCCGAUUAUGUGGCAAAACAUUCCUUACCCUGGAGAAGUACACCAUUCACACGUAUUCCCACUCCAGGGAGCGGCCUUACAAGUGCUUGCAGCCUGACUGUGGUAAAGCCUUCGUUUCCAGAUAUAAAUUAAUGAGGCACAUGGCUACCCAUUCGCCCCAGAAAUCUCACCAGUGUGCUCACUGUGAGAAGACAUUCAACCGGAAAGACCAUCUGAAGAACCACCUCCAGACUCAUGACCCCAAUAAAAUGGCCUUUGGGUGCGAGGAGUGUGGGAAGAAGUACAACACAUUGUUGGGCUACAAGAGGCACCUAGCCCUUCAUGCGGCCAGCAGUGGGGACCUCACCUGUGGGGUCUGUGCCUUGGAGCUAGGGAGCACAGAGGUGCUGCUCGACCACCUGAAAGCCCACGCUGAAGAAAAACCCAAUACUGCGACCAAGGAGAAGAAGCACCAAUGUGACCACUGCGAGAGAUGCUUCUACACCCGGAAGGACGUGCGGCGCCACCUGGUGGUCCACACAGGUUGCAAGGACUUCCUGUGCCAGUUUUGUGCCCAGAGAUUUGGGCGCAAAGACCACCUCACACGGCAUACCAAGAAGACACACUCACAGGAGCUGAUGAAAGAGAGUCUGCAGCAUGGAGACCUCCUGGGCACCUUCCACUCCAUCUCGCCUCCGUUUCAACUGAAGGCUGCUCCUCUGUCUCCUUUCCCUAUAGGAGCACCUGUGCAGAAUGGGCUUGCAAGUAGCUUACCAGUUGAGGUACACAGCCACACCCACAGUCCCUCAGAACCAAUCUCCCAACCGGUGCAACCCCUGCCAGAGCCCCUCCCCCCUCUCCUCCCCUCAGUCUCUCCUAGCUCACCUCCGGCCCUCCAGAAUCACAAGUACAACACCACUUCUACCUCAUACCCCCCGCUUGCAAAUCUGCCCCUCAAAGCAGAUACUAAAGGAUUUUGCAAUAUCAGUCUGCUCCAGGACUUGCCCCUACAAGAGCCUCAGUCACCUCACAAGCUCAACCCAGGUUUUGAUCUGGCCAAGGGAAGUUCUAGUAAAAUGAACCUGCCCAAGGAGCUACCUGCAGAUGCUGUGAACCUAACCAUACCUGCCUCUUUGGACAUUUCUCCCCUUUUGGGCUUCUGGCAGCUGCCCCCUCCUGCUACCCAAAAUGCCUUUGGGACUAGCACUCUCAGCCUGGGGCCUGGAGAACCCCUGCCCCAUAGGUUAAGCUGUCUGGGGCAACAGCAACAAGACCCCCCACUAGCCAUGAGCACUAUGAGCCUAGGCCAGCUCCCCCUGCCCCCCAUCCCCCACGUGUUCCCUGCUGCCACGGGGUCUGCCAUCCUGCCUCAUUUCCACCACGCAUUCAGAUGA